AUGUCUGAGACUUCCUCCAGAAACCCGGUUGCUCCGGUCGAGCGAAAGGAUAUCAGAGCAGACAACCUUGCCUUCAAGCACGACAAGGACAAGAGAGAGAAGUGGAGCAAUGGCAUCCGUAUACCUUGCGGUACUCGGCUUGACCCCGUAACCGAUGAGAUCGUGGCUAGCAAUGAGAGCCAGAAAAUCCGAGUCCGUCCUCACAAGCAGUGGAGUCAAAUGUCCGGGGAGCACAAAUCCCAUGCCAACAAACCUCCCAAGCCGUACGGCAGCUACGAUGGACGAUCCCGCCUUGCUCACAAGAAUGCUGCUAUCGUUGAAGCCAAAGACAGCGGCGCCAACCUCUCUAAAUCCCUCCUCGAACUCAUUCCCACACACUCCAACAACACAGAGUCUGCUAUCCAAACUGCUCUCAGAGAAUCUGCUGCCUUUGGCCAGGCCGAGAUCCUCUACAGCUUUGAUAACAAGGGUCCGAGCCCUGGUGAUAAGGGCCGGCAGGUUGAUCUCGGAAGCUUGGUGGAUCUUGCAGAGCAGAGGUUCCGUAGCGAUCAGACGGAUAGGAUUGUCAAGGGCGAAUAUGAAGUCUUGGACCAUGAUGGCGAAACGACCGUCCUCGGCCGAGGAAAGGGCAGGAAGAGUCCCAAGCAUAAGGCUGCCAAGCGUGUGGUCCGAGCUUCUGACUCAACUGUCAUUGAGGACGAUGACUUUGAGUUUAUCGAGCGCGACAUCUAA